AUGUCCGGCCUCGACGAAGAAGAGCUCUCUCUUUCCGCCUCCACUCUGGCUGCCCUGCAGUCCUUCUUGACCGAGCAACAGGCACAAAAAGAUAAAUUCGAUGAACUAGAGAAGAAAGCCCAAGAGCGGUUCGAUGCCACUAAGGCCGCUGAGGAGGAGAAUGAGGAUGAGGUGACGAUGGAACUUUUCAAGGAGGAUUGGCAGUUGUCGCAGUUCUGGUACUCCAACGAAACUUCAGAGUGGCUAUCACGACAACUCCUCCACAAGGCAACCAACGACACCAAAAUCGCCGUCCUCUCUGCCCCCUCCGCCUUCGCAAAACUCCGCACAAUGUUCCCCCCCUCCCUCCCCAACUUGAAGAAAAACACCUACCUCCUCGAAUACGAUCCCCGCUUCGCCGUCUUCGGCUCCCAAUUCCUGAAAUACGACUUCAAUGAGCCUACCAAGCUCCCUGCACACCUCAGAAACACCUUCGAUAUCAUCCUCCUGGACCCACCAUUUUUGUCGGAGGAGUGUCAUUUGAAGAGUGCGAUGACGGCGCGGUGGUUGUUGAAGGAAGAUGGGAGUGGGCAGGCGGUUAUAUGUACGGGUGCGAAGAUGUUGGAGUUUGUGCCGAGGUUGUAUAAGAAUUGUAAGGUGACGACGUAUAGGCCUGCGCAUAGUGGGGGGUUGGCGAAUGAUUUUAGAUGUUUCAGUACGUUUGAGACGGAGGAGAUGAAGUGGGAGGAGGAAUGAUGUGUUUGAGCGUGGUAAUAACAUGUAGACUUUACCUUCUCUGCCUUUUACUCACUUGUCUUCCUGAUCUGGUCAAUGUCGGUCGAUAGUCGGCUUCAUCGUCUUCUUCUUCU